UUAACUUGUAUUAUUAAUACAUUUUAAAAGAAACAGGAUUGUUCUUAAGUUUAGACCAUCUCUGUGCUACCCCUUUGCAUGUGUCUCACUGUACACGAUUAAUUUUUUCUGGUUUUCUUUUUCUCUCAGGUUGCUGGUUGUGGAAUUUGGAGCUGCGGAGAUUUGAGCUGUGCUCCAAAAGUGCAUGUUGAAGAGCUGGCCGACCCAUACCCUCUAUGCGACUAUGAAGUGGGACACUUGCGGAUGGUCACCUUAAAAAGACAUAUUCACAUUGGUAAUUGUUUUAUUUGCUUUCACUCAUUGUUAGGUAAACAAACAUUUGUGGCAACAAGUGCAAUACAAAUAAAAAUGUCAUGUUCUUUAGACUGUAUUGAGUAGUGUUUCAUGAUCCAGGAAUUAUCUAUGUAUGUAUUUAGAAAUAUUGUCUGCUGGACAGUAUUUCUUAAAAAAAAAAUCCCAAUGGAUAAUCUAUGCACUGGUCUUGUUUUUCAGCUUGAAGAAUGGCUGCUACUUUGAGGGUGAUACUUGGAGUGGACAAUUCAUCCAAGUUGAUGCUUCCUUCUGGAAUCCCUGGUUCAGUGGACAUUUUAAAAGAGGAAAUACAAAGACAGUUUGGAUUGACUGAAGAUUUCAGGCUUCAAUAUAGAGAUGUUGAGUUUGACAAUGAAUACAUGAAUCUAACCACAACUGGGGACAUUGAAGACAAGAGUACAAUCAAAGUAAUUUACACUAAUUUAAACUCUGCGCCGUCCACUGUGCCCACCACAGCACCCACAGCUGCCUCCAGAGAGACAUUACCACAGUUUGAUGCACCAUCCUUGCCGGACACUGACAUCCUUUCCUCCUCAGACUCCAGUGCUUCCUGUUCAUCUCUUCGCUUGCGGAAAUGGCCCUUAAACUUUCCAAUACCAAAGUUUAGUUUUGAUGUGGAGUUUCAGUUACACAGAGCCCAGCAAGAAUAUGAAAACAAUGGGAUUCUCUUAGACCCGAGCCCAAAACUCAAAUCUGACAUAUUAGAUAUGUUGGCCUCAGAAAUUGCAAAAUACAAAGUUUAUCCAUCAAGUGGAGAUAUUGAUGAUGUCGCUAAAGCGUUAAUUCAAAAAUAUCCCUUUCUCAAAGAGACCGGAUCUGUGACGGGAUGUGAAGGCUGGAAAGUAAGCCUAAAAUAC